AUGCCUGUAGCCGAGCCCGGAACAUUGCGCUCCGUGUGUUUUGGCAUGUUGCUGGCCCCCGGGCUUCACCCGGCGCGGAUGGCGGAACUGUCCUGCAUUUUUUGCCCGCAGUGCGCUUGUGCCGCCCGUAAAAAUCCGACGGGGGAGUGCUCGAGGCGGGCUGGAAACGUGAUCGAUUCUGCUGCUCAUGCCGAGCAUGUGGCCGCGCCAUUUUUUGGCUCCUCCGGAAGCGCCAAAAAAGCCUUUUGCGCAAACGAUUUUAAAAACGUUUUUUGCGCUUUUUGUUCAAAAAAUUCGAAAAACGAAAAUGCGCGUUUUGUAUUUUGUUAGAGCAUACGAAACUUACUUUGUAAAAAUUCGAUCGACACGAGCCACGAUAUUAGUCAAGAAGAGAUGCUUGACCGGUAUGUCGUUUAUAUUAUUGCCUGUCGAUGCAAAAUGAUAUACGGUAGCUCGGUUGUGGAAGUAGGGUGCUUGUCCUACACUGCAGCUCUGCUCCUAGGAGAAUGAUGCCCCAAUAAAUUUGCCUACUCAGAACAACAGCAGCUACGGCAGCAUAACUUUUACGCAGCUCAUAUCGAUUGGGUUUUCCAAUUCGAAAGAAACAGCCCGAAAAUAAAUUGUAGGGAGCAGAUCAACAGAAGCGAUUGAGUAGUGUCUCGAUGAUGUUGGCAGCUCCUAUUGAUGGCAUCGACCGACAGCAACGUCCGCUAGUUCAACAGCAAGCAAAGACAGGAGAUGACAGGCGUGCUAUCGAAAUUUUUUUUCACACUUAUAUGAUAUGGCAACUACCACAACUGCGAUGGCGCAAGCACAUUAUGUAAAAAAUUGCGUCAUCAAUGUAGAUAUUGCAAUUGCAUGCCAAUUAAGCAUCAUCAAGUUGUCUCGUCUUGUGCCCGCUGUGGUCGCUUCAUCAGAAAAUUUCUGAGGCCCGGCAGAGCUCAUCAAGAUGAGGACGAAAUAAACUGGAAUAAUUAGUACGAAGUCUAGGUCUAUUUAUAUGAUUAAUGUUGCUCCGUUGCAAUUCAAUAUCACCUACCCGUUUCCGGUAUUAGUGGUCUCCAUUCUACCGAGGUAGCUCAUUAGUAAACAACAACACACUUCUAAAACAGGAACGGCAAGGAAUACUGUAUGCUUAAUGUUUCCAAAGCCGCACAACUAUAUAUUUAGCGGCCAUAGUCGAAAUUCAAACUCAUGAAAUAGGAUCAAUUUUAUGUGAUGGAAGUCAACAGCAUGAUAGCUGCUCGGUUUCGAGCAGAUGCUAAACAUGAAAUUAUCACCCUCAAAUUUGUGCAGUAUACCUCCAUGAUGACCUCAACCUCAAUGACCUAAUUAAAGCAACCUCUACCCGAUGACGCAUCAAGAUGUUCUUGUGUGGUUUUUUUGCUUAGUCAAAAUUUGAUGACCGCUAAAAAACCUCUACUCACAUCUACCCUUCUUGUCAGGAGCCUCAUGGACCGCUGGAGUUCCGUGCUCUCCAAUGUUGAUAUAAACGAAAUUCGAAUUAUAUUCCAGCCUUCUGAAGAUGCAGUUGCAUUGCUACCCCCGGUGCUUCAGGCCCCUGCAAUUGGAUGAACGAAAAAAAUCAUUUUCACAUACUUUCGGGCACUACGGC